CUCCGAACCCAACUCCACUCCCCACACAAAUACAGCGCUAAACUACAACAAAGAAAAGGAGAUCCGCGAUCGAUACACACAAAUAUAUGAAAAGGGAGACACAGAUAAUUUGAUCUUUUUCUUCCCAAAUUUCUACAAGAAGCAGAUUGGGUGAAUUCAGAAUAUUAUCGGCAAUAGAGUGUUUGAUCAUGACAUCUCCAAUGCAUCAACAUUCUCGGUCGACGUCGACUAGCCUAAGUAUGAAGAAACCACAGACCAAGGCAGCUGCUCAACGGCUUGCGGAGGUUAUGGCUCAUCAAGCAGUCGAUGAUGAAGAGGAGGAGGAUGAACUAUAUGAUCUCAACUCAUCAGCUGGUAUAGGACUUGCCGGCGGAAGGCAAGCUAGAAAUCGUUCUCCAAUGUCAGUUCGUAACUCAGUAGAUCAGGCACCAUCUUCACGUCCAAUAGCAGGUGCUAGAGGUGCCGCAUCAUUAGAACAGCAGCCUUCAUCGGCUCGUCUCCGUCCAGCCAAGCCUCUAGAACCAUCCCCUGCUGUGGAACAACCUUCAUCAGCUCGUCACAGACCUGCUCAACCAUCUUCCACAGCAGAACAGCAGCAACCUUCCUCAGCUCGUUAUCGCCAUGCUCGUUCCAAGCCUCUUGAACCAUCUUCGAAUGCUGCUUCAGUGGAACAACAACAACCUUCCUCAGCUCGAACACUUGCCUCUGUAGAACAGCAGCAGCCUUCAUCAGCUCGUCAUCGCCCCCAGUCAAGGCCUGUUGAGCCAUCCCCGUCUCUUAAUUACUCUAUACCCGGUCGUUCUUCUCUUCAAACAAACUCUUCAGAGGAACCACCGCAACCAGCAUCAGCUCGCUCCGCUGGAAGAUCAUCUUCUUCUAUUAGUAGCUUAGAACAGCCUUCAUCUGCUCGUGUAGUUGGCCGACCAAAUUUAAGGGUGAAGACAGUUCCCAUGGUGCCAUCAAGUGUGUCUCUCUCACUUAAGCCGGUUGCAUCUGGAAAUCCAGCUGAUUCUCAACUUGAUAAAGUCAGGGACAAAAAGUUAUCGCUAGAUUUUGGAACUUUCAAAUAUAAAGAACCUGGUGGCCAGCAGUCUUCUUCAGCGCUACAAGAUGAGCUUGACAUGCUUCAAGAAGAAAACGAGAGUUUAUUGGAAAAGCUCAGGAUAGCAGAAGAACGGUUUGAUGAAGCAGAAGCAAGGACUAGGCAGCUUGAAAAACAGAUUGAGUCUUUAGGAGAAGGUGUAUCUUUAGAAGCUCGGCUUUUAAGCAGGAAGGAAGCAGACCUUCAGAAACGAGAGGUUGCUCUUAAGAUUGCUGCAGAUACUUAUGGUGGCGGCAAUGAGGAGCUCGUAUUCCUACGGAUGGAAAUUGAGGCCGCAAGGGAUGAAGCUACCUCUGCUCUGGAUCAACUCAAUGAAGCCGAGCAAGAAGUUAAAUCGUUAAGGAUAACUACGCAAAGAAUGAUAUUGACUCGCGAGGAGAUGGAAGAGGUUGUUCUCAAGAGGUGUUGGCUUGCUCGAUGCUGGAGUUUAUGUAUUCGCCAUGGGAUCCAUGCUGAUAUAGCUGAAGCAAGACACGAAUAUUGGUCGCGUUUUGCUUCACGCCCUGUCGAAGUUAUAUUGGCAGCAGGUCGCAAAGCAAAAGAUGCACAACAUCCCACUAGCGAUGGUUUAGAAGAAAGGGAAAGAGUUGUACGGGAAAAGGAAGACAUUACGAAAAAGGUGGACGUGGAAAGUAUGCUUAUGGUUGAAAAAGGUCUCAGGGAGCUGAGCGCCCUCAAGGUAGAGGAAGCAAUAGCUAUAGCAAUGGCCCAAAGGCGUCGCCCCUGUAUUUUGAAAUCUAAUAUGGAUGAAGUGAAGGUGGCAGCUGAGAGCACCAAUUAUUCGGAAACAUUUGGACUGAGUCCGGAAGAGUGUGAAGAUGUGCUUCUUAAGCAAGCUUGGUUGUCGUACUUGUGGAGACGAGCAAAAACUCAAGGGUUGGAAGCUGAUAUUGCUGAUGAUAGACUGCAAUUCUGGAUGAACCAAGGGAAUAGGACACCUAAUUCGCAUGACGCCGUUGAUGUGGAGCGCGGCCUUCAGGAGCUGCGGAAGCUGGGAAUGGAGGCGAAGCUGUGGGAAGAGUCGCGUAGAUUGAUCGAUCCUCACUCCGCCCACAAAACACUCUUGGAAACUGAGUAUCAAAUUUUGUCAUGACCUUCUUUCAUCAUUGUCUCCACCUUCUUCUUCUUCUUCUUCCAACAUUUUCCUUACUAUAUUUUGUUGCUUCAUGUGUUUCAUCAAAUACUUCCCUCUUUGGUUUCAAGAUUGUGCAUUAGAGCACCC